GCUGCUGGGAAGGAGGGCGGGGCCCUCUGCCACCCGGAGCAGCGCGUCAACCUCCACGCGGGGGCUCGCAAGCGCCAGGCGCGCUUCUAAAAAACGCAGGAAAAGACGCACUGGGGCCGGGGGCUUAGCUUCCCUGGGCCCUGUUAGCCCAGCCUGGUAAGAAGAGGACUGUGUCUGCCCCUUUAAGGCUGACUCCUGUUCUCCUUGGAGGGAAAUAACGUGGUCACACACACAUUUGGGACUUACCCUUUUGAACUUCCCCUUUUUUCCUUAACAGUGCGUACAGGUGGCAAGUGUCCUCUACCUUAGGCUUGUGCGAUUCAAGGGCUGACCCGAUACUUCUAAUAGAAGGAGUCCAGUGAGAAGGCAGGCUGUUAGAGACCCUGGGAUCCCGAGGGCACGACCCGGAGAUGAUUAACACCCGCUGGAAGUCUGUACCGAGUUCACACAAGUGGCCUGACAGGCAGUUAUAGUUUGUUAACCUCCACAACUCUUGGCAAGGCUUCAUAAAAGCAAGACCAGUGUUUGCCCUGGUAAUAACUCUGCCUCACCCACUAGAAUCUAAGCUUCCUGAAGCCGCAGACUUUUAUUUUGUUCAGGGUGCGUGCUUAAAGAGACGCACAGAUUUCCAGUUGAGAUCAGUGGCAGCCAGACCCUUCCUUCCUCAUGAGGAGCAGCAGCUCUUGUCAACAGCAUCACUGACAGAACCUGUGUUUUGGAAAAGGACUGAUGGCUUUGAGCCUGGGUGGGAGAACAUUUGCACCAUUUCCUGUGAACCACUCUGGUGUCUUUCUGAAAGCUGUGAGAAGCAAUGGCCUUCCCUUGUUUCCCUGGAGCCACAGCCCCUGGAGAAGAACUGGAAACGUUUUGGAUCCUGAGAUGAAAGCUUUCCUGGAAGGGAACACUGAAGUCACCAACAGAGGCAGCCUCACUCCUGAAAUCCGGUUGCGGCUUUUGACACCAAGAUGCAAGUUCUGGUGGCAAAGAGCUGACCUGUGGCCCUACAGCGAUCCUUACUGGGCAAUCUACUGGCCAGGAGGCCAAGCCCUGUCUAGGUAUCUUUUGGAUAAUCCUGAUGUUGUCAGAGGAAGGUCUGUAUUGGAUCUUGGGAGUGGAUGUGGAGCUACAGCUAUUGCUGCUAAGAUGGGCGGGGCAUCGAGGAUCUUGGCCAAUGACAUAGACCCUAUUGCAGGAAUGGCUAUCACACUGAAUUGUGAAUUGAACCAACUGAAUCCUUUUCCAAUUUUAACCAAAAACAUUUUGGAUUUGGAACAAGAUAAGUGGGACCUUGUUGUGCUUGGAGACAUGUUUUAUGAUGAAGCCCUUGCAGACAGUCUUCAUCAAUGGCUGAAGAAUUGCUUUUGGACUCACAGAACUCGAGUACUGAUUGGUGACCCUGGGCGACCCCAGUUCAGUGGACAUAGCAUUCAACAUCAGCUGCACAAAGUGGUAGAAUAUUCACUUCCAGAGCCUACUAGGAAGGAAAACAAUGGAUUGACAACAAGCACCGUAUGGGAUUUUCGGCCUUGAGUUGUCCAAGUGCUUCUAAGAUGAAUAUAGCUAUGUUUGGGUUUACUCGUAAGAGACCUGCCAGUUUAGAGCAUGCUGUUCCUGUUAAAUGGCAAAUCUUGUUUCCAAAAUGUGAAGGCUUAAAGUUUUGUCAGCUGUUGUCACGUAGUUCUGCAUUAUGCCAAAUAUACAAAUCUCUACCUGCAAUUUUCUAGUUUUACUGCUGUAGGGAUAGAAAUAUAAAAGACAGUACCAAAAUGGUAGCAACAUGUAAUUUAAGUAGUGGAGAGAAAUGAGAAAGUGUGGCAAAGUCUGUUCGUGUAGUUGAGGACAACUAUAUGAUAUAUCUUUGAAUUAAACACAAUACAAAAUAUAUAAGAAUGCUGUAUUUCCAAAAAAUUACCUGUAAAGAUCAAAGAUGCAGUUAGUAUGGUACAGAGUACACGGGCUUUGGAGUCAGGCAACUCUGUCACUUUCUAGUUGGGAUUUUCAGGUAGUUAAGCUCUCUGAGCUCUAAUUUCCUCAUCUAUAAAAUUGUACCAAAACUUAGUAAACCUCACCUCAAAGGCUAUUAUAUUAAAUGAAAGCAUAAAGUACAUAAUAUAUAAUAGGACCUCAAUGGACAGUCAUGCAUAAAAAUAAAGAUUCUAGAAUUUCCUACA